AUGGGAUCCUUGAGAGUAGUAGACAUUUCAAAACCAAGUGGCGAGACUACCAGUUCGUUAUUUGAAGCUGCAACGUUGCAGGGUUUUCUUUUCAUUGAUGGGCACGAUUUUAGUCAGUUGGAAGUUGAUGAGCUAUAUGCAAUAUCACAAGAGUUUUUCUGCACUGUUCCUGCCGAAGUUAAGCAGAAAUAUAGCAUCCGGUCAAAUAACAUUGGUUAUACGGAUUUUUGUAAUGAGAAUCUGGACCCACGCAAGGCUCGAGAUUACAAAGAAGGCUACAAUUUUGGGAAUAUAAAUUUUGAGGAUGGUACACUCAACAGAAGUAUCGCUGAGGGAGAACCUGAGGACUCCAUUCCACCUUACUUCAAGGACAGAGAGGUGAUCAUACAAAAUGCUGUGAAAAAGCUCCACGCAAAUGCGCGGAAAAUAUUGGGACUUUUAGCGAUUUCGUUGAAAGUGGAAGAUGUUAAUUUCUUUGUCGAAAGGUUCCGUCCAGCUGAAGUCUCUGGCACAGUUUUGAGGUUUUUGCGGUAUCCUCUUAUCAGAGAAAGCGAUCUCGACGAUAUGUUCGACCCCACAAUUCGUGCUGGUGCUCAUACGGAUUAUGGGGCUUUGACGAUGCUAUUUCAGCGUCAAGGCGAGCAAGGUUUGCAGUUACAAGUUGAUGGGGAAAACUGGACGGAUGUGGACUUUGUUGCGAGUACGCAUCCUGGCUCAGCACCACCCUUCAUAGUAAACAUUGGUGAUCUUAUGUCAUACUGGACCAACGGUCUGUUGAAAAGUACAAUACACCGUGUGAAAUUCUCACCGGGAGAGACACGACAAUCCGACCGCUACUCGAUAGUCUUCUUCGUUCAUCCAGAAAACGAUUCAACGUUGAUUCCAGUUCCAAGCAAAUACAUCAAACAAGCUGCUGUUCUUAAACAUGAUUCUUCCAGCAUGACAGCUUCACAAUAUCUGCAAAAGAGGCUUGCUGAGACAUACCAGCAUAGAAUCACUUGA